AUGAUGCAUCGUCGGCCAAUCUGCAGGCUAUCGCGUCGAGCUGAGUGGUCGAAUUUAGCCUACCGAGCACCGACUUUAACAGCUCUCACAGCCCGACGGACUAUACGGUUGUCCGCGACACGUUGGAACUCGUCGGGUCCAUCAAAUGAGAAUGAGGAUGGCACUGCUUCAAACCCGGCGCCGACGAAGCCCAAGUUCGGUAGCCGAUGGGGCUCUAAACAAGCUACACCAUCGGCGGGCUUGAGUUUCGCAGAACAGGCGAUGCGCCAAACCCUUGUCGCCAAUAACCAACCCCCGCCGCCAGCACCUGCACCAACGCAACGUAGGCAGGAACAGUCAAAUCAACAAUGGAACUCAGGGCAAUCAAACCAGCAGAGGAAACCGUACGCCCGGCGCGUGGGUCCUAGGGAUAAUCAAGAUGCCCACACGAUGGGAUCGAGAGAAACGCCACGGAAUCAGAGGAGGAGCCCGUUCGGCCAAGAGAAGAAUCCAUUUAAAGAAGAGAAUACAGGGAGCUACACGAGAGGAACGAAACCGGCGUUUGAAGAAGAAAAUCCAUUCGCUCCUGAAAAGACACAAAACAGAUUCCGGGGCCAAUUCCAGAACAGGGCGACUAGGGACCAUCCAAUGGCCCACAAUGACUGGAAAUGCCCUGAGUGCAUGAAACAUGUUUUUGCCUCAAAGCAAGUGUGUCCAUUCUGCAAAACCUCUCGACCUAGCGACGCCCAGCCAAAGUUCCGAAUAACCAGAGAGUAUAGCGAUUCUCCUGGGCUUUCACAAUUCAAACAGUCCCGAUCCCCUUCUGGGUAUACUAGCAAGUUCCAGCAAUUAGGGGAGUCAGUUUUGUCUGACUUGGAACAAGACGUUCAGCCGAAUACAACAGAAACCACAGAGCGCGAUUCAGAGAAAUCCGACCGACCCCGAACAAAGGAGGAAGCAGAAGAUUUCAAGAAGAACCAAUGGUCUUGGGAUAUGUCUGCACUGGAGCAGCUAGAAAAUCUAGAGGAACAAGAACAGCCGCCGCCGCCGCCGAAGCCUAUGAAGCGCCGUGAGGGACGCAAGGGACGUGAGAGCGAGUCUGAUGGGGCGGAUUUUGACUCGGAAGAUCGUGAGCGCCUCCGCAUAGAGCGGAGACGUCAGCAGAAAGAAAAGAACGCCCAAAGGGCUGCAAAGAAGGCCGCCGCGCUGGCAGCACCAGCUCCUCUUUACCUGCCCGAAUUCAUCAGUGUUAGCAACUUGGCCGAUGUCAUUGGCGUGCGGCCGGCGCAGUUUGUGCAGCGAAUGGAGGACAUGGGCUUCGAGGAAAUCACGUAUAGGGAUAUCCUCGAUGCAGAAACUGCCGGAUUGGUGGCAGCCGAGUUCAACUACGAGGCCAUCUUUGACAGCGGCAAAGCAGAUCUACACGCUGCUCCUGAGCUAGAGGACACAUCUGGCCUGCCAUCUCGGCCGCCUGUGGUCACUAUUAUGGGUCAUGUUGAUCACGGCAAAACCACGAUCCUGGAUUGGCUGCGCAAGUCAUCUGUGGCAGCGUCUGAACAUGGUGGUAUCACCCAGCAUAUUGGUGCAUUCUCCGUGAUGAUGCCUUCAGGAAAAGCCAUUACCUUCCUUGAUACUCCGGGCCAUUCUGCAUUUUUGGAGAUGCGUCGCCGCGGUGCCGAUGUGACCGAUAUUGUGGUGCUUGUGGUUGCUGCUGACGACAGUGUCAAGCCGCAAACUAUCGAGGCCAUCAAGCACGCCACUCAAGCUAAGGUUCCUGUCAUUGUCGCCAUCAGCAAAAUCGAUAAAGAGGGCAACAACCCUGAUCGAGUCAAGGGUGACCUUUCUGUUCAUGGUAUCCACGUGGAGGACUACGGAGGUGACGUCCAGGCUAUCGGCGUCAGCGGCAAAACUGGACAAGGAAUGGUUGAACUGGAAGAAGCCAUCGUCGCGCUCUCAGAGAUGCUCGACCACCGCGCAUCCACCACCUGUAACGUCGAGGGCUGGGUCAUCGAGGCCUCUACAAAAAGUUAUGGCCGCGUAGCAUCCGCCCUGAUUCGACGUGGAACCCUGCGGUCAGGCGAUAUCAUUGUUGCCGGUACCGCGUGGGCUCGUGUCCGCACCCUCCGCAAUGAAGCCGGCGUGGCCAUCAGUGAAGCCACGCCUGGAAUGCCCGUUGAAAUCGAUGGUUGGAGAGAGCAACCAGGUGCUGGCACCGAGCUCCUGCAGGCGCCGACCGAGCAGAAAGCUAAGGACGUUGUCGAUUACCGCUUGGAGAAGUCUGAUACCCAGAAGAUGGGUAUCGAUAUGGUUGCUAUCAAUGAGGCUCGUCGUGAACUCCUCGAGAAGCGCAGGCGCGAGAACGAAGACGAAGAAACAACAAAGGAAGUCGAACCAACUGGCCCCAAGUCGGUCAAUUUCAUCCUGAAGGGUGAUGUGGACGGUUCAGUGGAGGCGGUCUUGAACUCCGUUGCAGCAGUCGGUAACAACGAAGUCUUCGCCAAUAUCAUCCGUUCAGGUGUUGGUCCUGUCAGUGAAUUCGAUAUCGAACAUGCUGGCAGUGCCAAGGGCAAGAUCAUCUCAUUCAACCAGGCCAUUGAUCCUAAUAUCAUGCGUAUCGCAGAGGCGGAGGGCGUCGAUAUUCUGGACCACAACAUCAUCUACAAACUGAUCGAUGACAUCAAGGCUAUCCUCAGUGAGAAGCUGCCUCCAACUAUCACUACGCGCGUGACCGGAGAAGCCGAGAUCCAGCAGGUCUUCGAGAUCACUGUCAAGGGACGUGAAAAGACAGCCAUUGCUGGAAGUCGUGGUACUUCGCGGGAGGAGAUAGUCUACGAUGGCGCAAUGGUCUCCCUCAAGAACGUCAAGAAAGACGUCAUCGAAAUGCGCAAAGACACAGAAUGUGGUAUCGCUUUCGAAAACUGGACAGGUUUCGCACCUGGUGACCAUGUCCAGUGCUACGAAGAGAUCUCUGAGAAGCGCUAUCUGUGA